AUGCCGUUCAUCGCCAAAGACCAAACAUUUGUAGAGAAUACGAGGUGGAGGGAGAGAGAAAAAAGGAUUUCCGGGCAUCAAAUGUCGAAAAUACUUUACUUCAAGACCAAGAAGCGUAGCGAUUUCAGGCCGGACGAUGUCCUCGUGAGAGAGAAACGAAAAGCGGCAGGUACAGCAGCUUCAGAUACGCAGUUCGUCCUAACAAAGCUAACGGGGACGGAUACACCACAAAUUGGAGAUGUUCUGACCUAC